GUCACUUCCUUAGGGUUACUGGCACCAUGGCAGGCUGCAACUCCGGGGGCCCCGCUCCGGACAGCGACUCCGACUCGGACACUGAGAGGCUGCGGCCCCGGCUGCAGGUUAUUCACAGCGGGCACUUCAUGGUCUCCUCUCCGCACAAUGACGAUAAUAGACUCCAGGAGCCGGACAGGUCGGGGGCUGCGCCAGUCGGCAGUAUUGACCCCACGCUUACCAGGUUAUUCGAGUGCAUGAGCCUGGCAUACAGUGGCAAACUGGUAUCUCCCAAAUGGAAGAAUUUCAAGGGGUUAAGACUAUUAUGGAGAGAUAAAAUCCGCCUGAAUAAUGCAAUCUGGAGAGCCUGGUACUUAAACUAUGUAGAAAAAAGGAAAACCCCAGUAUGUGGGUUUGUGACCCCACUGGAUGGAUCAGAAGGUGAUGACCACCGUAAACCUGAGGCUGUGGUGCUGGAAGGAAACUACUGGAAGAGGAGAAUAGAAGUGGUAAUGAAGGAAUAUCACAAGUGGAGAAUUUACUACAAGAAACGCCUCCAGAAGCUUCACCAGGAUGGAAAGUCAUGUGAAGAACAAAAGCAUGGUGCUCCGGUCUGGAGAGGGGGUGAGAUGUUUGCUGGGUGUCAACAUAUUGAAGAGAGACGUGGAGAACAGGAUGACAUGCUGUAUGAUCUGGAUUACUUCUUAACUGAUAUCUCUGACACUCUGUUCACCACCACUCAGAACCUGCCCCCUUCUUAUCAAUAUCCAGAUUUUGAUUAUGUUGGGAAUGCAGAUAUGAUACAACCAGAGCUGGCUACAUUACAGCCUAGUCUAGAUGAUUUCAUGGACAUAUCAGAUUUCUUUGGAGGUCCUCGGACUCUGCCUUCUCAACAACCUCAUCUUUGUUACCAAGAAACUCAAGGCUAUCCAACAUAUAAUGAUGGAGCUAGCAGCCAGUCACAUCCUACUUCUGCUUGCCUGAGAAUCCCACAGCCCCACAGCUCUUAUAUCGCCCGGCCGGAUUCCUGUUUUCCAACCCCAGGACUCUCUUCUGGAUAUGUUGAUGCCCCAGUGUCAUGUUCACCUGCAAAUACUGAAACCAAACCAUUAUGCCACUAUCCAGAAUCUGGUGAUAGAUACAACGCUGAAUCAUUCCCUUCUGUUCAAGCUUUACCCAUCCAUUGCAUUUCUCCAAAUCUACCCAUACAGGAUCAAGAGCUGUUGUUUCCACCAGUAUCCUGCCCAAAACAUCCAUAUGAUUCUGUAGCAGCUGAUGCCACCAUCUUAAAUCAUGCUCCCCCUCCCUCUAUCCAUGCAGAUGUCUACCCUCUCUUUGGAGAACCUUCACCACAUAUUGAAGCUCCCCAUGUCUUUUCUAUGCCCAAAACUAAUGUCUGUGUUGCACCUAACAAAACCAGAAGACCACCUGCUGAAACAACAGUAAGAUCUCUCUCCAGUGUCAGUCAGCAACAAAUUCCAGUUCCUAACCCAGACUCCUCAAAUAUGCCAUCUAGUGGACCCAAUGGACUCAAUACAACGACAGAUGGCGGGACAGAUGAAUUGUCUUUUCCUUGUAUUGUUCCACCCAUACCUUCAUCUUCUACCAGAGAAGCUUGUAGUUUUCCUUCCCCUACAGCAAUAUUCCUUAGUCCUGUUUUGUGGUCCUCAAGCAACAAAACAAUUUCUGGAGCCACAGACAUGACGUGCCCUUCUCUGCUACCUAAAACUGAAAGACUGUCACCGGCAAACACAUGUGGUGAUGACCACAAAGGCUCGCUGAAUGUAUCACGUGCACAGAUUACUAACUCUUGGAGCAGGCCUGACAAUAAGAAGGUGGAGAACCGGCGAAUAACACACAUCUCAGCUGAGCAGAAACGUCGAUGUAACAUUAAACUAGGUUUUGACACGUUGCAGAAUAUGGUGACAAAUCUACAUGGACAGCACAACAACAAGUUCAGCAAAGCCACCAUCUUGCAGAAAACAGCUGAGUAUAUCUAUAAGCUGCAGCAGGAAAGGGCCCAUCUACAGGAAGAAUCCCAACACCUGCGUCACCAGGUACAGGAGCUCAGCGACACCAUCAACCUGUGUCAGCAGCAACUUCCAGCCUCAGGGGUGCCUAUAACCCAUCAACGCUUCCAACACAUGCGUCAAAUGUUCCAGGACUAUGUCCAGAGCAGAACCCUACAAAACUGGAAAUUUUGGCUAUUUAGUAUCCUUGUCCGUCCCCUGUUUGAAUCUUUCAACCGUAUGGUUUCUACAGCAAGUAUGACAGAUUUAAGAGAGACAUCCUUGGAGUGGCUGGACACACACUGCUCUCUGCCUGCACUGAGACCUACGGUGUUAAGUUCAUUAUGUCAGCUCAGCACCUCAACAUCCAUUCUCACUGACCCAUCCCUGAUGCCGGAGCAGGCAAUGCAAGCAGUAACCCAAGAAGGGAAUGUUGAUAGCUUCUUCUAAAUCAGCAUGGCAUCAAUACCAGAGACUGCUAAAUGUAUAAGGAGUAGGCUUGUAUAAGGUUUACUAAUAACAUACAUAUUUGGAAAAGUCAAGCAUAUCUCACAAAAGACUGUGCAUGGUGGAAUGUUAUACAGUAAUCAAAUGUCUCAGAAACUCCACCUUCCACCAUGGUUAAAGCAUGAGAUAAUGUGUAUCUCUUCAUGGUCCUCUUUGGUGCUGGUUAUUUGUUUCACUGCACUAGAGACCUGAGUAGUGGACAAGCACAGUAGAGCAAAUGUUCAGUCAUUUGAAUGAUGUCCAUUGGUUUGUCUCCAGACCCCAUGUUUUAGGCUGGUUUUACACAGGCGUAUUAUGGACACAUUUUUGACAGGUGUCAGUUUGGUUCACCGUACCCGUGGUCAGGCCUGGGCUUUUGGCUGUAAUAUGGAAAAAAUGCAUCCUAAUACUACUGUGGAAAAACUGCCUUAUUUGCAGUGUGACCAGCUUUUUUUAAGCUAGACCUGUGAUCUGGGAUGGACACUGCAUAUAGAAUAAUUCAGUUUGGUUAAAUGUAAAAUAUCUAAAGUAGAAUAUCUAAAGUAAAAUAUCUAAAGUAGUACAUACAAUAAAAGGGACAAAUCAGUGGGUGGAGAUCAGAAAGGAACAUUUCAGACUAUCAUGAAGCUGUAGAUAUGCAGGAUUUCCAAGGACUCAAAACUUCAAAAGAUUGUUUUCUUUUUUAAUAUAUAUAUUUUGUUGUUCUUCUACUUUUUUGUCGUUUCUUUGAAAAAUGUGGUGAACUGUAUAUGUAUGUUAUUAGUGGCUGUUUCAUUUGGGGCACUUUGUAUUUUAUGUUUAUUGUCCUAUAAUGGGAACCUCAGCAACAGCAAAAAUCUUGAUGUCAUUGUGAGCUCUGUGAGCCAUUGUUCAGUGUUUAUGUUCCAUACAGUAUACACCCAGUGUUAACAUUGUGCAGAUUUUUCAUAUUUUCUGUAUUGUGAAAUUAUAUU